AGGCUGCGUGGAUGGAUGAGGUCAGCGCUGUGGUGUCGGGGAAUGGAAUGUGUAAGUGUAGCAUUCAGAACCGGGUAACGUUCGGAGAUCGAACUCUGGAAUUGGCGACGUUCGAACAGGGGCAGGCAGCCUCCUCUGUGUUUCGGCAGCUCGCAUCUCAUUGACUGGCUGGGGGGCGGGGGCAAGGAGGAGGAGGAGGAAGAAGGAGGAGGAUCUUCACUGCUUCGGCUGGUUCCAUCCCGGGGGCCAUUCACAGAGAUCGCGGAGAGAGGGGUAAACAGCACCACAAAUCUUGGAGCUCCUGCAGAAGGGAAUAAAGAGAAAUGCAGGGAUUUGUAAGGUUACGGCGCGAGAGCUGGAAGAUGUGAUAAUGAUAGCUGUGUGAACCGGCACUGGCUGCGAGCUGCUGCUGACUUGCUCUGGAACCGGGGGGCUUGGUUAUUGCGGGAGUGUUUUGGAUGAGUUGAAGUUGCUGCUGUACCUUGAUCGUUUGCAACAUUAGAGAGAGAGAGCGAGAGAGAGGAAGGGAAUGGGGGAGGGGAGCACACUCAAUCUUGCAACUGAUUGAGGGGUGAAGGGGAGCUGUAUUUGGUGCUUAUUUCAUUUUUGUGUGUAUGUGUGUGCAUGCAAGAGAAUUCCCAGUCCUUUGCCUUGCAAGCCCGUGCUGGGCGUGAAUUAUUCGCCUUCGCUGUUUCUCUCUCUCUCUCUCUCUAUUGUGCGAGCCAAAGAUGAAAGACAGAAGGGGAGAAAGUUAAAGAAAUCGCCCACAUGCGCUGCAUCAGUCCAAGGCUUUGGGAAAGGAAUAAAGAGAAGGUGGAAGAAGAGAGUUUGAAGUCUUUGCAGGCGGGAAGAUGGCGGACUGGAGCUGAAAGUGUUGAUUGGCAAACUUGGGUGAUCCUUGUGUUUAUUUACAAUCAUCUUGACCCAGAUAGGACACAUGCAGGCCAAAAAACGCUAUUUCAUCCUGCUCUCAGCUGGCACUUGUCUCGUCCUUUUGCUUUACUUCGGAGGCUUGCAGUUCAGAGCAGCGAGAAACCAAAGCAGGAGAAAUGGCUUGCACCACACCAGCCCGGAUCACUAUUGGCCCCGAUUCCCGGACGCUUUGCGCCCCUUCAUUCCUUGGGAUCAAUUGGAAAACGAGGAUUACAAUGUGCACAUUUCCCCGAGGCAGAAGAGAGACGCCAACUCCAGCGUCUACAAAGGCAAGAAGUGCCGCAUGGAGUCCUGCUUCGAUUUCACCCUUUGCAAGAAAAACGGCUUCAAGGUCUAUGUGUACCCGCAGCAGAAAGGGGAGAAAAUCGCCGAAAGUUACCAAAACAUUCUAGCAGCCAUCGAGGGGUCUAGGUUUUACACUUCCGAUCCGAGCCAAGCUUGCCUGUUUGUCCUGAGCUUGGAUACCUUAGACAGAGACCAGUUGUCACCCCAGUACGUGCACAACCUGCGAUCGAAAGUGCAAAGCCUCCACUUGUGGAACAAUGGUAGAAAUCAUUUAAUUUUUAAUUUAUAUUCCGGCACCUGGCCCGAUUACACCGAGGACGUAGGGUUUGAUAUUGGCCAGGCGAUGCUGGCUAAAGCUAGCAUCAGUACUGAAAACUUCCGACCGAAUUUCGAUGUUUCUAUUCCGCUCUUUUCUAAGGAUCAUCCUAGGACAGGAGGGGAGAAGGGAUUUCUAAGGUUUAACACCAUCCCUCCUCUUAGGAAGUACAUGCUGGUAUUCAAGGGGAAAAGCUCUGUUGUCCUCUUGACCACCUGCAAGCAUGGCAAAGACUGGCAAAAGCACAAGGAUUCGCGCUGCGAUAGAGACAACACCGAAUAUGAAAAGUAUGAUUAUCGUGAAAUGCUGCACAAUGCCACUUUCUGUCUGGUUCCCCGUGGCCGCAGGCUUGGAUCCUUCAGGUUUCUGGAGGCUCUGCAGGCUGCCUGUGUCCCAGUUAUGCUGAGCAAUGGAUGGGAGUUGCCAUUCUCUGAAGUGAUUGAUUGGAACCAAGCUGCCGUCAUAGGGGAUGAGAGAUUGUUAUUACAGAUUCCUUCUACAAUCAGGUCUAUCCAUCAGGAUAAAAUCCUAGCACUUAGACAGCAGACACAGUUCUUGUGGGAGGCUUAUUUUUCUUCAGUUGAGAAGAUUGUAUUGACCACACUAGAGAUUAUUCAGGACAGAAUAUUUAAGCACAUAUCACGUAAUAGUUUAAUAUGGAACAAACAUCCUGGAGGGUUAUUCGUAUUGCCACAGUAUUCCUCGUAUCUGGGAGAUUUUCCUUACUACUAUGCUAAUCUAGGUCUGAAACCCCCUUCCAAGUUCACGGCUGUUAUCCAUGCGGUAACUCCCUUGGUUUCCCAAUCUCAGCCUGUGCUGAAACUUCUUGUUGCUGUAGCCAAGUCCCAGUACUGUGCACAGAUCAUUGUUUUAUGGAAUUGUGAUAAACCCCUCCCAGCCAAACACCGCUGGCCUGCCACUGCUGUGCCUGUCAUAGUCAUCGAAGGGGAGAGCAAGGUUAUGAGCAGUCGUUUCCUACCUUACGACAACAUAGUCACAGAUGCAGUGCUAAGCCUUGACGAGGACACCGUACUUUCAACCACAGAGGUGGAUUUUGCCUUCACAGUAUGGCAGAGUUUUCCAGAGAGGAUUGUAGGGUACCCUGCUCGCAGUCACUUUUGGGAUAAUACUAAGGAGAGAUGGGGCUAUACAUCCAAAUGGACUAAUGACUAUUCCAUGGUAUUGACAGGAGCUGCUAUUUACCACAAAUAUUAUCACUACCUGUACACUAAUUACCUGCCUGCCAGCCUGAAGAAUAUGGUGGACCAACUGGCCAAUUGUGAAGACAUUCUAAUGAAUUUUUUGGUGUCUGCAGUGACAAAAUUGCCUCCAAUCAAAGUAACACAGAAAAAACAGUAUAAGGAGACCAUGAUGGGGCAGACUUCCAGGGCUUCCCGCUGGGCUGAUCCAGACCAUUUUGCCCAGCGGCAGAGCUGCAUGAACACUUUCGCCAGCUGGUUUGGCUAUAUGCCGCUGAUCCACUCUCAGAUGAGGCUUGACCCUGUCCUCUUUAAAGAUCAGGUCUCCAUCCUGAGGAAGAAAUAUCGAGACAUUGAACGACUUUGAGAAGCCCUGCUGAGAGGACUGAACUGUUUUUCAUGCCCAGUGUAGAUCCACUGACACUUGGAGUCAAACUGUGCUGAGGACAAAAACACACACAAGUGGAAAGCAGAUUUGUGUAGCUCCAAGGAAUCAUUGUGCUGGACUGCUUCAAACCACCUCCCAGGCUUCUGUCGUUCAAGACUAGGUUGUGUACAGUUUCAUUAUGGAACAUUAAAUAAUUAUUUUUGAAAUGAUUGCUAUGCAGGUUAAAACUUUUUUAAUGAUCAAAAAACCCACAACUAUUAAAAACAGAGUUCUUUCUUUAAUCAAAAUGGUGUUGGGUGUGAAUAUUUCAUAGGUGCCAUUCCUUUCUUACAAACAUUCAAAGCUGCCGCUGCUUUCUUGCAAGCAUUUUGAUAUCAUGGCAGGGAAAACUAAAUGAGAAUUACAAAAAAGUUUGUUCUCACAGGUAGAAAAUGCAGCAGUUUAAAAAAAACAAGCUUAAACAGGGCAGAAAUUAACAUUGUUUCACUUAAUGCCUUUUUUAUUUUAUUUUAUUUUUUAAUUUUCUCUUUCAUUGCUCAAGUCAAUGACAGGAAAUGUAUCAACCAUUCUAUUUCACAGAGGGAAUGCUGAAGAAUGUCCAUAUAAUGAAGCAUAAUUAAGAUCCUUCUGUUUAGGGAACAAAGACAAUUAAAACCUUUUUUUUUUUUAAAUAGGGAAAUAAAGAUUGAUGCCUAGGAAAUACUAGUCAAUUGUCUGAUUUGCACAAAUAACAAUACAGGAAGGAAGUCAAAGAGAGGAAUACAAUGUCUUUCAAUGGAUUCUCCCAUCAAGGUGUGGCAGGAGUUCUGUUUUAAUUUUAUACCUGUUACUAAUGGAGGAAAAUAUAACAGCUGUUGCUACAGUUUGCAUGAGUUGCAUAAACUACAGCUUGAGCUUGAGUUGCUCUUCUUGUGCAAGAGAGAAUAGGUACCAUGGUGGCACUAUUUGUGUCACAAUUGUUAAGGGUCUAUCAACAUUCCCAUUUUAAUCCCCUUGUUCUGAAGGGGGAUGGGAGGAGUAGUAUGUUGAUGUUAAAAGGACAAAAAGAGUGUUUUCUGGACUAGAGCUUGGCUUACAAGGACUUUGCCUGGAACCACUUGUAUCAAAGAGAAUCAAAUCAGUCUAGGUAUUUUGUAGUGGCAGGAAUGAAAACAACUGGACAGAUGACAUCCUGUAGUUGGUAUCUGGAGUAAUUCUGUUUGGUGGCAGUAGUAACUUCAGAUUUAACCCAUGGUAACUCAAGGUACAAGCUAGCCCAAAGAUACAAAUGGUAGUUCCCAGGUGCUUUUCUGUACUCCUUAUAACUCACAAAUGGUUUUCUCAUGUCACACAGAAUCGUUUCAUUUAUUUAUGGCAUAGUGUGAACUAGUUAUAUGUAUCUUUAAAUUGUGGGAAUAAAAUAAAAACACUGCUGUAAGCUAGAAAGAAGCGAUUACAAUCUAAUGGACAAAUAAGCACUUUUAUAAAAUGUUUUAACUGUCACACAUUUCCCUGAGAUAUCUCUGGGGUAUUUGAUAACCACUCACGAAAAACUGUGUUUAACAUAACAGCAAGAAGGUCUACUUUGGCCCCAGAUAAAACCACUACGGAGCAUUCCUUACCUCAUGCCUUUGUAUCUAGACAGUUGAUACAUAGGCAGGAGAGAGCAUGUUCUCAUAGAAAGAGAGUAAUGAUGGUUUGGGUCAGGAUUACUGGAUUCUAUUUCUAACUCAGCUUCCGAUUUGUCACAUGGCAAUGGUCAAAUCACUUAAUCUGCUGUGUGCCUCAGUUUAUCUUUCUGUAAAAUGGACAUAGUAAUGUUUGCCUCAUGGAUGGGGUGAUUUAAGUUUCAUUAGCGCUUGUAGCUACAUAUAUAAGCUCUUUAGCAGAAAGAUAUAGAAGUGCAAAAUACUAUUACUAUUUAUUAGCAUGUGAUCUCCUAUUGCUUUCCAUAUGAACCGCAAUAGCCAAAUACAAUACAGUGAGUUGGGGGCUGAGUGCUCAAGUUCCUGGCUGUGGUGUUUAAGUCUGAGCCAAAACCCAUACAGGACACUGUAAGGCUUUUUGAACUUUCCUUAACUCUAAUUUUUGCAGUUGCCAAUUAGGGAGCAAGGGACCAAACUUUGUUAGCCUGAUUUUUCAAAAGUGCUGAUCACCCAACUGCUCCCAUUGGAUCUCCUCUCUUUUGAAAAUGAGGCCUCUCAUUUAGGUGCUAAAAUGUAGCCUAGCCUUAAGGUGUUCAUUUGUGAAAUUUUGUCCUCUUGCUCAAAGAGUGGGCAAGCUUAGCACAGCUCCUAUUUUGCCUGUUUUGUUUGUGGACAAGCACUUGGCUGUUUCAGCAGCUCGCUCUGGGAACUAGUUAAUUGGUCUCUAGUCAGCAGGAGAAGUACCUGAAGGUGGGUUUUGGGGGAGAGGGUGUUAAUUCAUUACAGGCGUUCCCCGACUUACAAACAGGUUACGUUCCGAAUAGCUGGUUGUAACUUGAUUUGUUCGUAAGUCGGAAAUACCCCAUUUGAAACACUCGAAGCGUAACCAACAACACAACAAUCAACAACGAAAAAUAGAAACACACAAAAAAAAAACAACUCUACUGCAGCAACAGCAAACUUUAUUUAACAAACAUGAACAUGAAAUACAAAACACAAUGCAGUAAUUUAAAUACAGUAAUGUGAAUUGAAUUAAUUGGAUGAGGAAUCGGAGGAGUAAAAAUCUACAGUAAGAACAUCAUCAACAGAUUCUAUUUCAGCAGUUCCUUUGCUUGUAGAAGGCAUUGGUUCAGUAUUGGAGGCAGCACUGCUAGGGACUUUCUUUAAAAAUAUCCAUUUUUGACUGGACAGUUUGUUUUUUCUUCUCGUUAUAAAUUUCCUUAUAGCAAGCCAGGGCAUCCUGAAUUAAACAAUCCACCUUUGAGAAUCUCGCAACAUUAGGGUCCAUUUUUUUAAACAUUUGCAUUCCUUCAUUUAUUUUGCUGAAAGCUGCAGCCAUUUCUUUCAUCACAAAGCUUUUUGGGGCUGCUUCUUCUUCUUGGGCUGUUUGUCUCUCUUCCUUUGCUACCCUCUCUGCCUCAAGCUGCAGUAAAUCUUCAUUGCUCAGCUCCUUCCCAACAUCCUCAACCAGUUGGCGUAUGUCUUCAUUAUCCAUUUCCAGAUCCACUUCUUUCGCCAGCUGUACAAUGUCUUCUAGUUCCUUUUCUUUUUCAAACCCUUUGAAACAGUUCACAAAUCUUUUUAGGAUCUUCUUCCAUAUGCCAUUCAGACAUUGUGGAGUGACUUCUUCCCACCCUGCAGCAAUGUUCCUUAUGCAAUGCAGAAUGUUGUAGUCCUUCCAAAAUUCACGGUACUGUUUUGCCGUUUUCGCAUUCUGUGGCAGCUACUGCCUUUCAUAGAAUCAUAGAAUCAUAGGACUGGAAGGGACCUCGAGAGGUCAUCGAGUCCAGCCCCCCGCCCU